CAGUGUUCGAUGGCCUACCUACCUUACCGCCAGAACCUUCUCGUCGCAUUUGCUGCUAAAAGAUUCUCGGUUUGUGUGGCGGUUUUCUUGUGAUGCACUGGCACCGCCGACAACACUCAUUCGUGACAUACAUGCCUAAGGUAGUCACAUGGGAGAAGCACUAGUGUCUUCAUACCAGGCGUAAAAAGUGUGUUCUUACUGAAACUACCCUACCUGGUUUGCCCCCACGUUUUUUCCUCCAGCGAGACCCUCCACUUUGUUGACGUAGACCUGCUCGCUCGAAGGCGCCCCCAACUAAUUGGCUUAACAUACAUUGCAAGCUACCUAGCUACUAAACCAACCGCCUACCUUGUCUAGCCUCCAUAUCGUGUGCGAAGUAAGCAACGCCGGAGCUCUCAAAAUACCGCCACGCCGCAAGAAACUUGGUUCGAUAUUCACAAAUCACCACGAAUAUUGAUCCGCAUUUGCCCUGCACCGCAUUGGAUAACCUGGGUCAUCAAGAAAUAUUCUUUCUCGCCUAGAAAAUCGCACGAUAUCCUUACUGUAGUCCUCGACCCGUUGACCGCCCACGAAGCUGAAAGUCGAACGAUAUCCGGUACCUCCGAACAAUGUUCCCAACCUUUACGGGAAACUCGAGACGUCCACGAAACGUCAACCUUAGCGGGCAAAAGACUGACCCCUUUGCUGGGACAACCUGGGGCUCGGCCGUCACAAGCGGCCCUUCCAAGUCUGUCUCGGAAGCGCAGGCAGACAGGCAGAAAAGGCAACAUGAAAGAGACAGGCUCAAGGCGGCCCAAAAAAUACAGAGGCUAUGGAGAGGUCAUAGAGAGCGCCAAGCCGUAAGGACCACGCGUCGUCAAGCCUUUGAUGCCCUCUUUACAGAUGAAGCGCUGGCACAGAACCCGGAAGAGCGACUGCAGCGAGCGUUCCCAUUACUUCUAGAUGUAUUCAACCUCUCUAGGGACGAUGACUACCAACGUCUUGGCAUUCUUUCGCUGGAUUUGCUUAGAGUCGGUCAUAUACUCUCCACCCCGGACCUUGAGCAAAGACACAGGCUCAGGCGGCUCGUCGGCAUACUUGUCACGGUUUUGAACUGGAAGAAAGAGAUUGAUGUCCAAAGCAUCGUGUUGCUGAGAGCUCUGGUUCGGAUAGUCGAAUCACAGCCGUCCUUGGCUGUUGAUCAUGUGGACUCUUACUACAAGUUCCUAGCAAAACUGUGCGGACAGGCCAUCGAUACGGAUUCUGCUGAAAAAGAACUUAUACAGCGUGCAAUCACUGCACCACUGAUAAGAGAUGGUGGUGGAUCAGGUCCCGAAUCACAAGCAGUAUAUCGCGCCUUUGUUCUUGGCUUUCUCACACAACCGAACUUGGCACCCAUCGAACAGGAAUCUGCUCUUGUUGGGCACAGGGUUGAUCCUGCAAAGCUCUCAUCAGCAGUCCUGGAUGCCUCGUCUAUAGCUACUGCUGCUGGCGUCUCAAAAAAUGGCCUGCUAUGGCUUCUUGCUCAUUUUAUUGACAUGCAACGUACCCAGUCACGAGCAAGUUGUAGUUCCACCGAUAUAAAAGCCGUGUACAAUCUUCUAAGCAGCCUGGCCAGCACAAUCAACACCCGCCUGGGUGUAUGCUCAUCUAAUACCGUUUCCGACAAUGGCAAUGACAGCGAUUCAGAUGAAUCUCGACUGCCAAGUUACGUCACGAAAAAUUUACUAUCACUGGUCGACAGGAAGGAGAUCUCUAGUCUCUUGGAACAGUUUGCUGCUAACUACGCCGAAACAUCAUCAUCUGGGGCCGUUCCAGACGCCAGUGUUUUGGCCGGCUACAUAUUGGUGCUUAUUCGGUGUUUUCCAAACAAAAGUGAUGAUAUCCGAAUGCGACUUUACUUGGCUGACUUCCCAUGUCGGGCUGGCAAAUUACCCGCCAUCAAGUUGUUCUGGGACGCGGCUGUCAAGACUCAGGUUUUCAGUCGCAUCAUAUCAAACGAGAACUCGACGCUCAAUUUUCUCCUUCAACGACACUAUUUCCAAUCCACUUCGGCAACCGGCAGCGACUCUACCUGGGACUCUGAGUGGCGGACAGUUCUCCUCUUCUUGGAACUCUACGUCUUUAUAUUGAGGCUCACAGAUGAUGAGGACUUUUUCAAUGUGCUUACCGGGCGCAGUCUUAAUACGAAACCGGCCUCACGUGUCAGUGUCUGUACUCUGCCACUGGAAGAUUUGAAAAGACUCUCGCUGUUCCUCAAAAACCUCGGGUUUACUCUGUACAACAACGCUGCUGAGCUCCUGAGAGCCGACAAUACAACCAGCAGGCCUCGCUCUAUGACGGAUCAGACUUUUGGCCAAUCUGCUUCGAAUUCUAGAUCACGUCGCCCUGAACCGCCAAGUUUCAGUGUGAUAUCGGGGAUAGACUAUGGGGAAUUCAAGAAAAUCAUCCUCACAGCUAUGCGUAUGCUGUAUGAACGUGAUUCGCGGCGUUCGUUCUUGCCAUCUGGCCAUUGGUUAAUGACUUCAAGAUUCGACAUGGAUGGUUUUACUGCGGCGGUAGUUAUGGAAGAACAGAGACAGCAUGAGCUGCGAGAGAACAGCAGCGAGGACGAAGAGGACGACGAGGACGACGUCGAAAUGCCAAACGCUCCCCCAUUACAACCAGUGGCGCAAACAUGGGCCGGCCAGCGCCGAUCGCGGCACGCUGCAGUUGAAGAGUACCGAAGCCGACAGCAGAAGGUCGCGAAUGCCAGGAUGAGAGAGUUCUUGGCACCAAAGCUGGAAGUGCUUCGAAAUAUGCCGUUUUCUAUUCCAUUCGAAACCCGCAUACGAAUCUUCCGCGAUUUUGUGCAUCUUGACAAGGAAAGGAGGCGCAAGGGGCACGUUGAUCCAGACCAGUGGCGUCAUCAUAUGAUGUCGGCGGAUGGAUUCUCAAACCCUUUCGAGGCGAACCAUCCUGGAGGAGCCAUCAGCAAACAUCAUGCAAAGAUCAGUCGCGGCAGCAUGUUUGAUGACGCAUUUGAACAGUUCUGGGGUCUGGGUCAAGGGCUAAAAGAGCCGAUACAAAUCACGUUUGUGGACCAGUUCGAUACCGUCGAGGCUGGGAUUGAUGGUGGCGGUGUGACCAAGGAGUUCCUCAUCAGUGUUACCACUGAGGCGUUCAGUAGCAAGCACAAUCUGUUCAUCAGCACAAAAGAAAACGCGCUCUAUCCGAACCCUUCCCCACUGGACCAGCUCCAAGACUCGAUGAGGAGGUCAGGUAUAUCCGAAGGCGGGGACGAGUGGAAGUUAAACAUAAGAAAGCUCCUAGCACACUACGAGUUUCUUGGUCGGAUUGUUGGUAAAUGCAUGUACGAAGGCAUUCUUGUCGACAUUGCCUUUGCGGGUUUCUUCUUGCUCAAGUGGUCUGCAGCGGCUACUGACCAUGGCUACCGAGCCAACGUCAAUGACCUUCGCGAGAUGGAUGAAGAACUAUACCAAGGCCUCUUGCGGCUCAAGAGCAUGGACGAUGUGUCGCAGCUGGGGCUGGACUUUACAGUAACAGAUCAGGUCUCCCUUGCCGGUGACAAAACAGUCACCAUGACGAGAGAGCUGAUACCCAAUGGCAAGAAUAUCACCGUGACUAACGAGAAUCGUCCUCUUUUCAUCUCAUACAUGGCAAGGCACCGACUUGUGACGCAGUCAUACCAGCAAACGCAAGCCUUUCUGAGGGGUCUUGGUACCAUCGUGUCUCCAUCAUGGUUGUCCAUGUUUAACCAGACGGAGCUGCAGUGGCUUGUGGGCGGAGAGCAAUCGGAAAUCGAUGUCGAAGACCUGCGCAGACAUACCACCUACAACGGCGUCUACACUAUCGGCGACGACGGGGAGGAGCACCCCACAGUCAAGUUAUUCUGGCAGGCCAUGUACGAGUUUCAAGACAGCGAACGGCGCGACGUGCUCAAGUUUGUGACUUCGACGCCCCGUGCGCCAUUGUUGGGUUUCUCGCAACUGCACCCUUCCUUCACCAUCCGAGAUGGCGGGUUGGAUUUGACAAGGCUUCCAAGCGCGAGUACAUGUGUCAAUUUGAUGAAGCUACCGCAGUAUCAGACUCUGAAGCAGCUCAAGACCAAGCUGAAAUAUGCUAUAUCAUCAAAUGCCGGGUUUGAUCUCAGCUGAGAUGGCAACUUUCAUAACGGGCCAAGGCUAUGAAUUAAUUAAGUACAGCAAUGAAUAUAACGAUUUAGAUCUCCAUAGACGGUUACUGAAUGCAUGAAAGGUAUAUUUCUUGCCAAGUAUCAUUAUGGUGCAACAUGGCAGGA